AUGGAGGUCGAACUGGAAGAGGUUAUUGCUGCCAAGUAUGUAGCGAAAUUUGAGGUUUCACGUUUUUCAUUUUCUUGUACUCUAAUUCAAAAGUUUAGACUGACGGUAGGAAAAUAUUAUUUGAAUAUGAUAGAAUCGUUCAAUUGAGUUUCAAGAUUGUCUUUCAUUUUUUUCAGAUGCACUCGCUAGAUGCCGAUAAAACUUCAAACCGCUCAAUAGAGGAAAAGGUGAGAAAAGCACGGAGAUUGAAACAAAUAUCAUUAAAAAAAUACCCAGAUAAUAGAACAGAUCGAUAACGCUCAAAUCCUGCAACAGGAAGGCAAAACGAUGAUCAAACGAGAUGUCUCCUCAAAAGGGCGGGAUGUAAGGUUUUAAAUCAAAACUUUUGAUGGCUUAUUACAGAAGUGUACACAUUUUUGAGAAUAUAUCUUUUUCCUACAAUGUUUUUCAAGGCUUUUUUUAAAAAUUAAAUUAUUCUUCUAGGCGACGUUGAAUGCACUCAAGCAUUAAAAUCCCUUCUAACGAAUUACGCUUUUUUUCUACGCACGAAAACUGUACAAAAUUUAAUUUCUCAACAGAUAAAAAUGAAAAUGUCGAAACACGGAAUCGUCAUUUACAACAAUGAAGGAAAAGUCGCUUUGCGGAUACCAUUGUUUCAAAUCGUGCUGGUGACUGCCUACAGUGAUGAAGGAAGGUAAUAAUUCGAAUACUGAAAAUGAUCAUAAUGAAUAAUUUUGAUGGAUUGAAGGCAAAAUGGAGUGAUACUCGAAAGUUCUCAAUUUCAUGGAGAGCGAAAAAAGUUCUUCAGUCACAUUGUACAGUUCAACAACGACCAGGACGGCCUUCGGUUUUGUGAAGUGUUCAAAGUGAGUUCUUUUUCAAUUACAAACUCUGGUUUAUUAAUGAAGGAUCACCAAAGUUUUUGAGGUGUAGAAAAAUGGUAGUCUUUAAAAAGAAAAAUCAGAUUUCAAGGCUUAAAAAUGAAAUGAAGUAAGUGUUUCGCCUCGAGACCUUUAUGAAUUAUGCCUACACUCCUAUCCACUCUAGCAAUGAAUUUUGGACAAAUUUAUUAAACUAAGUACUCCGGCUAGCGCUUCUGAAUCAGCUAAAACAUUAAUAAGGCUCCACGCUUUGAAACGUUGAAAAAUUGGCCAAAGUUGUUUUGAAAAUAGAAUAACGCAAAUCACAUGUUUAAAAAAAAUGAAUAAAAGCUUUCAGGACAUCUUCCUGAGGGCAGAAGACGAGCAGGAGGCCCUACAGUCCGAAACCGAACCCCCUAGUCCUUCCAUGUUCACCAAAUUAGUGUAA